CACUACUUCAAAAAAAAAAAAGAAACACAUACUAAAAAAAACACAAACACAUUAUCUUUCUUUUUCUUGAACAACAAAAAAAGAAAAUGAGAUCUGUAAGUUUGGUUGAUUCAUGGGUACAAACAUGUUCCAUGAUUAAUGGAUCUUCAUCAUCUUCAUUCAUUGGUUUGUUUUCCACAACACCCAUAUUAAAAUGUAAACACAAUUUCAAGAUUCACAAAAGAUCCAAUAUUUCUUCUUGUUAUUCUGUUUCUGCAGCUGUUGUGAAAGAAGAGCAAGAAACUUUAGGUGAUAUACAAAAAACUAGUUUUAAUUUCAAGUCUUAUAUGGCUGAGAAAGCUAAUUCUGUUAAUAAAGCCUUAGAUGAAUCUAUAUGUGUUAAAACCCCUGUUAAGAUCCAUGAAGCUAUGCGUUAUUCGUUGUUAGCCGGCGGUAAGCGUGUUAGGCCGAUAUUAUGUAUUGCAGCAUGUGAACUUGUAGGAGGGGAAGAAAGUACUGCUAUGCCUGCAGCUUGUGCUGUUGAAAUGAUACAUACUAUGUCUUUGAUACAUGAUGAUUUACCUUGUAUGGAUAAUGAUGAUUUUCGUCGUGGGAAGCCUACUAAUCAUAAGGUUUACGGUGAGGAUGUGGCGGUUUUGGCUGGUGAUUCGCUUUUAGCAUUUGCUUUUCAGUAUGUUGCGAGUUUUACUAUAGGUGUGUCGCCUGCACGGGUGUUGGCUGCCGUUGGGGAGCUAGCAAAGUCUAUUGGGACAGAAGGGUUGGUUGCAGGUCAAGUGGUGGAUAUUGCUUUAACUGGAGAAAAAGAGGUUGGGCUUGACCAGCUUGAGUUCAUACAUAUUCAUAAGACUGCAGCGUUGUUAGAGGCUGCAGUGGUGUUGGGGGCGAUAUUGGGUGGUGGGAGUGAGACUCAGGUUGAAAAGUUAAGAAAAUUUGCACGGUGUAUUGGAUUGUUGUUUCAAGUAGUGGAUGAUAUAUUGGAUGUGACAAAGUCAUCAGAGGAAUUGGGGAAGACUGCAGGGAAGGAUUUGGAGGUUGAUAAAACGACAUACCCGAAACUGAUGGGGUUGGAGAAGUCACGGCAGUUUGCAGAAGAGUUGUUGGCAGAAGCUAAACAGCAGUUGGAGGGGUUUGAAUCGAGCAACGGGGUGGCACCGCUGGUAGCUUUGGCUGAGUAUAUAGCUUACCGCCAGAACUGAAAUUAUUGUAUCGGAACCAUUGAUGUUGUAAGAUUGGUUUACUUCACAUACAGAAAAUUAAUACCAAAUUAGAUUUAUUA